GAAAAGCCACUGGCCCACUCCCUGCCCCAAUGGCUAUGCUGGUAGCUUUAGUUACCGGGGCAGAUUAGCUCACGGGAAGCAACGGGCGCUCGGGGGCGGGGUUUGUGCGAGAUGAUAAAAGGAAGUUGCGCGGCGCGCUCUGUAGUCAGUGCCUGAGGAGACGUGAAAGGAAGUGGAGUCCAUGGAGCAUACAGCUGCCUACAGAGCAAAUAGUCGGGACUGGAAUGGUGCAGAUGCUGGCAGCAAGCUGAUGAACCUGUAUGAUGGCAGUUCAUUUUCCAAACCUUCUUCCAUUCACAAUGCUUACAAAGCUCAGGGUGAAGAAACCAUAGAUGUGCUUCAAAGUUAUGAUUCUUCGGUCCCUAGCCCUAAUUCUACAAACUGGGCAGAUUAUUUUCUCCAUUCACCUUGGUCUGCACUCUCUGAUGAGAUAAAACCAGAGCCUACAGCACAGCUAAAUACAAAACACGAAUGCUGGACUCGGCCCUGGCGCCCGCGUCAUUUGGAUUUGAUUGACAGCAGCGCUGCUAUCAAUCUAUCCAAUGAAGAGCUGAGAAGACCGGGCCCAGAAGAGUCGAGAAGCCAGCGCAUUCUCAAUGCGGGACUUUCGGGGAUACAAAGUGAAAAAGAAUAUGGAAGUGAAGCUGACCUCUAUGGAUUGGUAUCCAAUAUUCUGGAAGAGCAAGACAAAACUCAGCCCUAUUUUUCUGAUGGGAUUUGCUCUCCCAUGUUGAAAUCUUUGUGGCCAUUAAGUCUAAACAGACUAUCUGAUCACCAGAACCUACUGCCAGACAUUAAGCAAUCCAAAGAUCUGGCAAUCCUGCAGAAGAAUUUCCGUGGUGUUGAAUCUGUGCCCAGCACAGAGAUACACAAUGGAGAGGCUUUAUUCCCUGAGCUGCCAGGUGUUGAACAGGAGGACCGCUGGCCCUAUUUGUGUCACUCUGAUAAUCCUAACAGCUACAAUAUAAAUCCCAGAAGUGGCCUUAAGGAAUACCCCCUUCCUAAGAGUUAUUUGUCACCAGCAUCCAUGUUGUCUGAAACUCCCAAAGACCCCUUCCAAAACGGAGAGGCAUUAGUUAACUCACUAAACAAAUGCGACUUUUACCCAGAACUUGAAAGGCAUGACUUGCUGAAUAAUAAAACCAAGCUCAGUAAGAACUCUGUCCUAGGAUUUCGGGGAGGGAGAGGCGUAUAUCCUAUACCCUUGAUGAAUUUGAAUGGUGACGUCUAUGCUAAACUAAUGCAGGCAAAGCAGUGCGCUCACCAAAUUAACAAUUUUCUGGCUGAGCAAAGUUAUCCCCCUGCAAAGGCCAUACAUCGAUCAGAUAGGCCAUUCUUGUCUGAAUAUGACCAUAAAUCAGAUUAUGGGAGGAAAAUGCUGGAUGAAGGGAGUGGUGCUCCUUCUAGUCACUUACAGAGGUUGUCGCAAAGGUAUGAUCAAAUUGCUCAUGGUAUGAAGCCUACCAGCGCUUUGUCUGUCGCUAACUCUGACUGGCCUUUAUGGAUGAACGGCCAGCCUUAUAGCAACUCUACCAACUUCCAUCAAAAUCAAAUAAAGAUAAAUAGCCCCGUACCUGCUUCCCAGAAAGGCCCAGUGUUUGGGUUCAACUGUUCCUCACCAUGCUCUCUUCUUGGGCCUGACAACGACUUUCAAAGCCACCAGAAUCCUGCAUUUCCCUAUAGUGAGUACAGUUUUGGAAGGGACCAAACCAAGGAGGAAUGUGUGUGUGAAGUCUCUGAAAAAAGGUUGGAGCCAUAUAAUGGCUUGCAUGAGAAUGUAUCCGGUCUCUGUAAUUAUGAGAACACUGGCAAGAAAAUCCAUCAAGAUAGGAGGAUGCAGUAUAAUACAAAGCAUAUAAACUCUGAAUGCCUAGCUAAUAUCUAUCAAGGGAUGCUUUUCAAAACGGCAAACUGUAAAAACCAAAGACUUGGAAGUUUUGAUAAGCUACUGACCAACAGCAGAGUGGCCUAUCCACUUACUGCAUGUUCUAUCGGUGCAUCAACGAUGGGUAGUAUGCCCAGCAACUUAACAUCACUUUCAUCUACUAAUUUACAAUCAUGUUUUUGUCAAAAGUUGGGUGCUUCUAACCAUUCCUUAAUGGACAAUUAUGCCUAUAAAGAACUUGGCCAAACUUAUCACCAGAUCGGUGACCACCUACAUGGAGACACCUCCUUGCAGAACAUGGCAUCUGUGCUUAACAUUCAGAAGUCCACAAAGCUUCGAGGUAGGUCUGCAGCUCAACUUCAUCUGUGCUUGGAAGAAUGUUACCAGCAAUGCAAAUCUCUGGAACAAGAUAGAAAAAAGACAGAGUUGGUCUUUAUGGAGGCUUACCCGGGAAAGAUGGUGUCUAGUGUAAACCCCUGCAUUCAAAAACUUCCUGCAAAUCCCUCCAGAGUUGAUCGCUUGAUAGUUGAUCAGUUGCAUGAACAAGCUAGAGUGGUGACCCUGGUGGGUAAAAUGGAGCGCUUCUGCAGUAUGCCAUUUCACAUCAACAUUUCUACUACUCUUGAUCACUACCUGGAGACGAUUCACAUUGUUCAAGCCCGACGCAGGGAGGAGCUGGUGAACACUUCAGGACGCCAAAAGCCUAAAAGAGCUCACCCACAGGAAGACAGAGAUGCCUGUGCCCUUGCCAGCUCAAUCAGGGAGAUGACUGCGGCGACUCAAAAAAUGCGCACGGCCCUUUGGUGUUCUCUGCAGAUGGCACUGGCUUUCCACCCUGUGCAGGCCCACGAUAAAGGCAAAAUGAACGAUUUCCCAUGAUGCAGUACUCCACGUUUUAUCAGGAUGGAUUUAUGAAAUGAUUUGCUGUUAGUCUAAUUUUAUUUUUUAAUGAACUUUGGAAGAGAAUUACUGAAGUUCGUUUUGCAGAAACUAUUAGUAUGUUUAAAAGAAAACGCUAGGCAUUUAUUCUUUAUUUUUAGAUUAACUUUAAUUAUUUACAUUUUCUGUAAGAGUGAUGCUAUAAAGCAAACCCACAUUUGGCUCCUUCAGAACGGAGCAACGGCUUUGCUAGGUCCUCUCCAAAAGCAUUGUGUAUCCUUUUCUUCACUUCCCCUCUAAAAACAAAAAUCUCUCCAUGUGACCGCAUUUGGCCAAUUGGUCCUAUGUAGUCAAUAGCCUUGUGUAGGAAUUGGGAGGAGUGAUGCAGGGGUGAAAGAAAGGUAAGUUCAUGCUGCUGGGAAUGGAGGAAUUAAAAAGGAAACCUGUUGCUUUGCAGCUUGUGGAUAAAGCACAAGUUUGCUUUAAGGCUUUAUGCACACUGGAUAUUUUUAAUGCAGCUGUUGGGGGUGUCUGUUUUUUUUCCUACCUCCAAACACCCCUGCAUGUCAGACUAUGUGUACAUGCACACAUAGGCAUUUAGAGGCAGGAAAAAACCCACAGCCUGCAUGUUAGAGAGCAGUGGUGUUUUGGCAGGAAUAAAUUCUUAUAUAUAAUUAUUCUGGCUAAUGAAAUGAAUUCAAGUCCAAGCACUUCAUGCGCCUAAACACGUUUAUUAGCGUCAUUUUACUUUUUUUUAGAUAUUUUUUUUAUGCCAAAACGCUGCUGCCAGGAGGAAAGGUGUCUUGUCUGUGUGCCUAAGGCCUUACAGUUGCUUUUAAUUUGUUUUAGAGUAUGUAUUGCUGGAGAAUGCUUUGGGAGUAUCUUCAUAUUCCAAAGAUCAUUGUGGAUGGUGCACAGAAUAAUCUAACAAACAUCUAGAAAUCUAUUUAAAGCAUCAAAGUAUUUAUUCACUAAAUUUCACAAAACUAUUAUCACAACCCAUGAAUUUCUAGGUGGUGUUCAUUUGUAAUGUACAGAAUACCACAACCCAAAUGAAUUUUAACGUGUGGUCUCUUGAAACCCUGAGAACUGUCAGCUUAAACAUGUUGGCUAGUUCUGGAGGGAUAGAACCCCAGAUGUAGGGGUGUUUAUUUUUAUUUAGAUUUUGACGGGACAGCCAAGCAAGAGUCCCCAUCAUGUAAAAUUAACGGUGAAAUGCUGUGGCGAAUUUGCAGUUGUAACCAAAGUGUGGGGAUCUCACCAACAUCUGCUUAAGGAUGAAAUAUUUGAAGCGGCAAUGGUGAUUCAUUGCACUUGGAAAGCCUGAAUCACACCUACCACUCAUUUAAACCGCAACAGCUCUGAGCACAUCACGUACCAGAGAUCCAUAGAACUAUCUAACACUUGCUGGCAUUAAGCAUGCCUUAAAAUCUCCAUCUAUUAUAUAGAAGAGCAGAAGAACAUGGAUAGGCAGUGAUGGUUGUGAGAGGCGGUGAAUGUCUUGGCUCUGUAAGACACCCUUUUAUGCAGACUUUUCCUAAAAUAGCAGUGCUGCCUAACUACAUUUACCAGGUUUAAAAUAUUUUUGACAAGUAAGCAAAGGCAUUGCAUAUAACUUAUAUAGAGGUUACUUUUAUUUCUGUUCUUUGAAAGUUUAAUUGGGCUUUAAAAUAUUUCUGUGUAAUCAGCUAAAUACAUUCCAGGAACACAAAAGGCAUGCAAAGUUGUAUAGUUCACUUCCCCUGCCCGCAUGAAGGGCCUGUAUAGUUCACUUCCCCUGUCAGCAUGAAGGGCCUGUAUAGCUCACUUCCCCUGCCAGGGGUGGGCUCCCUGUACAGGCCUGACACAAGGGUCCUAUACAGCAUGCUGGCAGGGUACAGGCUUUUUUACUGAGGCUGUGACUACUUUCUAAAGAAAACCAAUAAAGCUUUGCACCCAGAAUGUUUUUAACUGAUUUAAACAAAGCUCAAUUUGACUUUAACUUUGUUUUUAUUAAUACAUGUUUUUAGUAUGUAAGCAAAAUGCAUGAUCAGUGGGCACUGUAUGCACAGUUUUCUGGCUAGACCUGACAAGUAUACGAUGCUGACUUUGCAAAUUUUUUUUUUUUUGUGAGCACUUCAGUUUGAAGAACAAUUUUAGUUAAGGAAAUAUGAACAUCUGUAAUUUUGCACUCUUGUUGCAAGAAAUGGUUAUAACUGUAGUCAUACCAUAUUAUAGAUGGAAACCUAAAUCUGUUAAGACUAAUGUGAAAAGGGUUAUUUUAUGCAUUACUGAAUAGCGCUAUAGAAAUGAUAUUCUACUGAAAAAUAAAAUGUUUUGGUUAAAACCGCAA